AUGGCUACAUACCGUCCCGCUAUCUUAUCAGUCUCACUUGGUCGAGCAUGGGUACAUGAGUUUGCCGAGAAAGCAAAGCAGGCUUCAACCCAAGGAUUCCAAGGCAUCGAAGUCUUUUACGAGGAUCUCGAAUACGAGGCAAAGAGACUACACAAUGUUGAGACUCCAAGUAACGAUCAGAUACUGUCAGCAGCAUCCAGUAUUCGACAGCUCUUGGACGAGUUGAAUCUCACAGUAAUUGGUCUCCAGCCCUUCCUAUUUUACGAGGGCCUGUUGGAUCGUGAGCAGCAUGCCCGCCUGAUCGAAAAAAUCAAACUGUGGUUUAAAAUUGCCGAACGCCUUGGAACCAACACGAUUCAGAUUCCAGCCAACUUCCUCCCCGCUAACCAACUUACCGGGAACAUGGAUGUCAUUGUUGGCGAUUUGGUCGAACUGGCUGAUUUAGGACUCAAACAAGACCCUCCAAUCCGUUUUGCAUAUGAAGCUUUGUGCUGGAGCACGCAUGUCGACACCUGGGAGAAGUCAUGGGAAGUAGCUCAGAAGGUCAACAGGCCCAACUUCGGUCUGUGCCUCGACACCUUCAAUAUUGCUGGGCGUGUUUGGGGCGACCCUGCCUCACCAACAGGCAUGACACCUAAUGCGGACCAAGACAUGGAAGAGUCUCUCAAAAGAAUUGUUCAAGAUGUCACUUUGGAUAAGAUGUUCUACAUCCAGGUUGUUGAUGCGGAGAGAAUAGAGUCGCCUCUGGUCAAGGGCCAUCCAUUCCACGUGGAUGGGAACCCUGCAAGGAUGAAUUGGUCUCGGAAUGCCCGAACCUUUAUGUACGAGGAAGACCGUGGUGCUUAUCUUCCUGUGGAGAAGAUUGCCAAGGUAUUGAUUCACGAUAUGGGAUACAAGGGAUAUGUCUCUAUGGAGCUCUUCUCAAGAACAAUGUCUGAGGAAGGAAAAGAUGUGCCACAAAAGCACGCAGAAAGGGGCAUCAAAUCUUGGAACAAGCUUGUUGAGCGGCUGCAAUUGAACUGA